AUGGCCAUUGCUUCACGUGCUGGAGCCUCCAAAGUAACUGCUGUUACAACACCUCUUGCUGAUUUUUCUCCUUCUUCUUCAAGUCAGGCUGUAAUUCCAAUUCCACAACUCACUACCAAUCAAUAUCAGCAACUUUUAUCACUCUUGAACAUCGACGGACAACCCUCUGCAGCAAACUUUACAGGUGCUUCUCACCUCUUUGCACUCAACUUAUCAUUGCUUUCUCAUGCUACUGAAAAUGCAAAUGCUAAACCUGCCUCUAAUCAAUGGUUUGACAAGUUUUACAACGCACUCAAGGCAGCCGGUUUCAAGCAAUCCAUUGAUGAUUAUUCUCUGUUUAUAUGCUCCAAUGGUCACCACUUUAUCGCUGUACUUGUUUAUGUGGAUGAUGUAAUUGUUACUGACAAUGACAACCACUCGAUCAAUCGUUUGAAAUCCUACUUGGAUACAAAAUUUCACAUCAAGGACUUGGGGUGGCUCAAAUAUUUUCUUGGUAUCGAGGUUCCCUGCUCAGCCAAGGGCAUCUUCCUUAGCCAAGGAAAAUAUAUCUUGGACAUUUUGAAAGAAACUGGUUUCUUGGAUCCAAACUAUACAUGUGCUCAGCCAAUUCAUGUAGACACCUUGCAAGUCCAGCUUGAUGUUGCUCAACGAGUUCUACGAUAUUUGAAGGCCACUCCCGAGCAUGGAAUUUUGCUUCCAUUAGCAAGUGACUUAAAGAUCACAACCUACUCUGACUCAAAUAGGGCAAGUUGUCCCAUGACUCGUCGUUCUACUACUGAGUAUAUUACCUUUUUAGGUACAAGUCCAAUCUCUUGGCGCUCUAAAAAGCAAAACACUGUAGCACGAUCUUUGACUGAGGCUGAGUAUCGGUCUAUGGCCACCUCUUCGUGUGAAUUGACAUGGCUUAAGUUUCUCCUUGAUGAUCUUGGUGUUCCUCACUCUCGGCUUAUGCAUAUCCAUUGCGAUAACCAAGCUGCUCUCCAUAUUGCAGCCAAUCCUGUCUUCAAUGAACACACGAAAUACAUAGAAUUGGACUGCCAUCUUAUUUGGUAA